AUGUACACAAACACGCUCACUCGCAUUUAUUUACAUAAAACAGAGUCGAAGAGAGAUUAUCUGGUGUUUAUAAACGUUUGUUUUAUUUUUUCCUCUUCGUUUCGUUCAAUUACACCGUCCGCCAUAUUUUCUUUCUUUCUUUCUUUUUCGGGCUUUCUACCCCCAUUUGAUUCCUUUCUUUCCUUCUUUCUGUCGUUCUUUUUUUUUUACUUUUUCGAACACUUUUCUUUCUUUCUUUCUUUCUUUCUUUUACUCUUUCGCCACUUUCUUUCAUUAAUUCUUUCUUUCUUUCUUUUCUCAUUUGUUUUUCUUUCUUUUACUUUUGUACCACUUUUUCUUUCUUUCUUUUUUCUUUUUCAUACUUUCUUACUUUCACUCUUGAACCACAUUCUUUCUUUCUUUCUUUUACUUUUAUACGACUUUCUUGUCUUUCUUUCUUUCUUUCUUUCUUUCUUUCUUUUAUUACUUGUUUUUCUUUCUUUUAUUCUUGUACCAUUUUUUCUCUCUUUCUUUCUUUUAUUCUUGUACCAUUUUUUCUCUCUUUCUUUCUUUUACUCUUGUACCACAUUCUUUCUUUCAUUCUUUCUUUCUUUUAUCAUUUGUUUUUCUUUCUUUUACUUUUGUAUCACCUUCUUGUCUUUCUCUCUUUCUAUCUUUCUUUCUUUCUUUCUUUCAUUCUUUCUUACUUUUACUCUUGGACCACAUUCUUUACUUUCUUUCUUUCUUUCUUUCUCUCUUUUACUCUUGGGCCACAUUCUUUUCUUUCUUUCUUUCUUUCUUUCUUUUUUUCUUUCUUUCUUUUUUUCUUUCUUUCUUGUCUUUCUUUCUCUCUUUUACUCUUGGGCCAAAUUCUUUUCUUUCUUUCUUUCUUUCUUUUUUUCUUUCUUUCUUUUUUUCUUUCUUUCUUGUCUUUCUUUCUCUCUUUUACUCUUGGGCCACAUUCUUUUCUUUCUUUCUUUCUUUCUUUCUUUCUUUCUUUCUUUCUUUCUUUCUUUUACUCUUGGACCACAUUCUUUACUUUCUUUCCUUCUUUCUUUCUUUCCUUCUUUCUUUCUUUCUUUUUUUCUUUCUUUCUUGUCUUUCUUUCUCUCUUUUACUCUUGGGCCACAUUCUUUACUUUCUUUCUUUCUUUCUUUCUUUCUUUCUUUCUUUCUUUUACUCUUGUAA